CACUGGUGUUAAGCCGAUAUGCGUACCAUUUGGUACGCAUAUCAUAAGAUGGCGACGACCUCUGCAGAUGAUGGCAAGAUAUGUGAAGUGUGCGGAAAGAUGUAUAGUUCAAAGCAGGGCAUGCAAGAACACAAAAUAUUGGAGCACACAAAGGAAUACAAAUUCAAGUGUGGUCAAUGUGAGAAAGGUUUUUUGUCGCGGACCAGAUUUAAAUCGCACCUGCUGCUACAUCUAAAUGAAAAACCCUAUGCCUGCGACAAAUGUACCAAGGCGUAUGUCCAUAAGAAAGAUCUCCGAAAUCACAAGUUGGCCCAGCAUGAUGAGGGGGAAAAGUUUAAAUGCGAUGAUUGUAAUUCUUUCUUUUCAUACAAGAGUACUCUCAAGAGACACAUUGAAGCAAAACACAAAAAUACAACAUUUUCAUGCUACCUCUGCAAUCCAUGCAUCACGUUUGCAUAUAAACCAAAUCUGCUGCGUCACCAGCGUGAAAAACAUGGUGGCAAUAAAAUGUAAACAUUAAACAAAUGACGUAUAUUUAUGUGUUCUUUGGUUAUUUUUUUUUUUUUAGAGAAAACGCUGAAGAGUUUGUUAAUUUUUGAAUUUUAUUUAGACAUUUUGAUAUCAACCUCCUCAUCUGUAAAACCAAAGCGUCUGUGGGGAAGUAUUUUUUCCUCAUUGUUUUUAUGAUGCGAACGAACACCUUCUGCUCCCUUGCUUGGCAAUCCGAAGGCAGAUAUUGUACCACUUUUUCUUUUUGGAUUUUUGGAUUUUCUUUCUUCU